AUGUCCUUUAAAGCAGACGGACCCAAAGUGCGCCCAGAGCGGGUAAAACCUCCUCCUUCUCCUCCAACCGAAGCACAUCCGAAUCCACCAUCAUGGUCCCGACGGUCGUCGACCUCGUCCACCGCCUCGUUCCAUUCAGCCCAGUCGGUGCAGCAAGAUCGGUUCCCCCCCGGUGAAGAAUCCCGCAUGCUAUCGCUCUCCAACGACCUGAAAUCCCAAGCAAACACUCUCUUCUCCCGCCAAGAAUACAUCUCCGCAAUCCAGACCUACGACCGCGCGUUGGCAGAACUGCCGCGGUAUUUGGAUUAUGAGAUGGCCGUGUUGCAAAGCAACAUUGCCGCUUGCCAUUUGAAGCUUGAUCAAUGGAAGGAUGCCGUGGAGAGUUGCGAAAGGGGAUUGCAGGGCUUGGAACGAGAAUUCCCAACAAGGAAAAAAGAGAAGUUGAAGAAAGGGACGAGGAGGAGUACUGGAACAAAGAAAUCGCCUUUGACAGGACAAGCUAAUGGAAAUAGUCAAAAUGGGCGGUUGAAUUCAGAUACCGAGUCAGAAGACGAAAUGGUAUCGCCACGACGGUCUCCUGCCCAAGGUAAAUCCGAGACACAAGACGACACAGUCGUCGAACUCCCCUCGGACGAGGAGGACCAAUCCACCGCGCUCAAAAAUCUGCAGCUCUCGGAUACAAGGAAAGCCGACGUCACACGAAUACGCGUCAAACUUCUCCUGCGCCGCGCUCGGGCGAGGACAAAUAUGUCUUCAGUUUCGUCAACAUUCCCGUCUACCGUCUCCAACCCGUCCUCUACCACCUCCACAUCGGGCUCGGCCUGGUCCAGCCUCAGUGCCGCGCUGGAAGACUACAAGAUCCUCUCCACUACACCUCAAUAUUGGGAGACCUUGCCGGCAUCGGAUAAGAAGACCGUGCGCGAUGCGCUGGUCUUGCUCCCGCCCAGGAUCGAAGAGGCCAAGCAGAAAGAAGUCAGCGAGAUGAUGGGCAAGCUCAAGGACCUGGGCAACGGGAUUCUGAAACCGUUUGGGCUCAGCACCGACAAUUUCAAAGUAGUCAAAGGCGAGGGUGGAGGAUAUAGUUUGAGUUUUGACGGCGGAGGAAGGGGAGGAGGGAAGAAAGCUUGA